AUGGAUAGCCUCGAGGCUCUCCGGGCUUACCUCAAUGAGAACCUCAUUCCCCACGCCCAGCGCUAUCCCCUACAAGCCAUCCUCGUCACAACCAUAGUCCUCUUCAUCACAACGAGACUCUUCACCGGCAGUCCUUCAUCAGUCAGAAAAGAUGGUUCAAAGACACCUCCUCUUGCACCUUUCUGGAUCCCUCUCUUUGGCCACGCUCCGCGUAUAUUUCUCAAUCCUUCUGCCGCCUUGACGCGCUUCAGAAAUCGAUAUGGUCAGGGUGUAUUCUCCGUUCGACUAUUCCAGAGCAUUCACUCUUUUGUCUUUCGUCCUUCUCUCGCUGCUCGUCUGCUUGAGCAGCCAGACUCUGUCGCCGACAAGGAGUUUAUCACGCGGCAUAUCAUGAUGACCAAUUUUGGUCUCUCCAAGAAGGACCUUGCAGCUUAUGACAAGGCUGCUGGGGAAGUCUAUCAGGUUACAAAGGAGCAUCUGAGCGGUUCUCAUCUGGAUGAUCUAGCCAAAGCUACCCUCCGAGAUCUGGAUGACAACGCCGCUGAUGUGAUCUCCUUCAACUGCUACUCUACCGACCAGAUGGACUGGGAGAGACUGGCCAAUGCAGAGCUUUUGGAGGACAUCAAAGACGAGAACAUCAUGGCUGUCGACUUCUUCGAGCUUAUCAAGACCUUCAUCGCCAGAACCGCCACAAUUUCCGUCUUUGGUACAGACUUUGUCGAGGCCUAUCCCGACAUCUGGCCUCACCUCUGGAUUUUCAACAAUGGCUUCCACUCGUUGGCCAUGGGCGUUCCUGUCUGGGCCCCUUUCCCCACCUCCCAGCGGGCCAGAAUUGCUCUUGGAAGAUUGCUCACUUUUAUGCGAGAGUUCCAUGAUGAAUUUGAAACAUUUCUAAGUGGUGAAGAGCCCGGGCAGAAAUGGCAAGACUUUCACACAGUCAGCCCUCUUGUUCGCGCCAGAGCCGAAGUUUAUCGAAAGCACGGCUUGUCUUCUGAUGUGCGCGCUGCAUUCGAUGUUUCCCUUCUCUGGAGCACGACUGUCCAAACUACCUCGCUCGUCUCAUGGUCUCUUUUCGAACUGUAUCAGGACCCCGUUCUUCUAUCGCAGAUCCGCGAACAAAUCACCCCAUGUGUCCAAAUUGUCCAGCCCAAUCAUGAUUUCGGAGGCGCCGUCUGGAUUCCUCCUCAAAUCAAGAAGCUUGACUUGGAAGGACUGUUAACCAAGUGUCCUUUACUUCAAGGCGUGUACCUCGAAACAUUGAGGCUCUACGGCGGAGGGUGGUCUGCGAGGUACUUGAAGGAGGAUUUCACCCUUAAGGACAAGGAGGACAGCUUCGUCCUGAAGAAGGGAACGUUUGCUCAUGUCAUUAACAAUCUUCAUCACUCUGAUCCCAGAUGUUUUACCGACUCCAAGAUUUGGCAAGCCGGACGAUAUCUUGAGGAUACCGUGGAUAAGAAGGGAGUCAAGACACAGAAGGUUGAUCCGUACACCGUCAAAGCAUCAGACGGAACAUUGACCAUGUGCGACGACUCGGAAUUCACUUUGAGAAAGGUCCUCAUGUACGUCUCGGUCUUUAUUUCGCUGUACGAUCUCCAGCCCGCGGGAAGCGAAAGCUGGCCUUCGCCAUCGAUUGUCAAGGGCGUGGCUUCGGUGCAGCCAUGGAGCUCUCUUAGAUUAUGGGUUAAGAGACGGACGCCUCCGAAAGACAAUUGA